UCUUCCUACAGAGAACCAAAGACAUCAAGAGCCACACGGUAUCUAAUCCCAUAGGUCCAUAUGAUCCUUCAUUUGCAAGUUCCAACAAUAACCUUCCCAUUCACAUAUACAUAUACAUAUACAUAAACAUAACAUACUUUCUUUAUUGCUAUAUAUUCUGCACCUGAUCCCCCCCACUAGUCUUUUAAAACUAUAUUUUUCAUCAUAUUUUCUAUGUUGGUGACAAACAUAUUUGUCUAUUUCUAACCAAUAAUUCCAAUUCCAUAGACUUUGAAAUUAAAAUCAUCAUCCAUUUUGAACCCACUAGGCAUAUAUGAUGGAUGGUGAUGAUGAGUAUAUUCAAGCAUCUAAAGGGAAGAAUGUUGAAAGUUUCACAUGUUCAGAAGUAGCACUACCACAGAACAAAAAUGCUAAGAAGAAAAAGAGUAAGAUAGAGAACAAGAGAAGAUUCAGUGAUGAGCAAAUUAGAUCACUUGAGUGCAUAUUUGAGUCAGAGUCCAAGCUUGAGCCAAGGAAGAAGAUUCAGCUAGCAAGAGAUCUUGGAUUGCAGCCAAGGCAAGUUGCUAUAUGGUUUCAGAACAGAAGGGCACGGUGGAAAUCAAAACGAAUAGAGCAAGAAUAUAGGAAGCUUAAAGAUGAAUAUGACUGCUUAGCUUCUCGCUUUGAGUCUCUAAAGAAAGAGAAGGACUCCUUACAAUUAGAGCUAAAGAAGCUGAAUGAUUUGAUGGUGGUAUCAGCAUCUCAUCAUGAUGGAAGAAGACAAGAGAAGGUUAUUGCAAAGGGAAGUAUCACAGAUGAUGGUGGUUCAGGAAGUCCUCACAGCAAUUGGAGGCCUAACGAAGAAGAAGAGGAAGCAAAGACAAGUUUUUCAAAUGAGGGUGUUGAUGAUGACACAGUACCUUUACCUUCUGAUGAUAAACCUGAUGAGGAAAGAGAGCACCACCGCCAUCACCACCACCAAGUUAUGAGAAUGGAUGAUGAGGAGCAGCAUUUAGAGAUUCCUUUGGAAUCACUUGAGAAAUGGUACAGUGAGGAUCCAAGUGGAAUCUUGGAUCAAUCAUGUAGCACUUCACAAUGGUUGGAUUUCUGGACUUGAGAAAGAAAAAAACAUACACACUCUUUUCUUGCAUGUUAUGACGAUGGUUCCUUGAAGAAGAAGGAACAAAGAAAGUUCGGUUCUUCUUCUGAAGCCAGCAUAGCGAUGUGAUGAUCAAGAGGUGCUAGCACAAGAAGAAUGUAGGAAACUCAUGUUGGAUAUGCCAAAACUGUUCCAAGAGAUGAAGUUUUGUAGGCUUGAUUUAUAGGGAGAGAACUAAGAUAGCCUCCCUCCUCACUUCUCACUGGAUGAUUCAAUUCUUUCUUCCUUUCCUUUUUCUUCAUAGAGAUUUGGAAGAAUAAUAUUGUGCCUUGUUUAUGUUUCCUCAUGCUUGCAUGCCUUCAGAUCCGUGUGCGCAUGGGCGUGCGUGUGUAUUGCGUUAUAUUAGCUAUGCCCCUCUUAACAUGUGUAAAAUGGUAACAGUGAAUGAUGAUAUUGCUUUACUUGACAUAAUGAAACAAUGAACUUGCUUAUUUCCUAACCUGCCUUCCAUUCCCAUUUUAAGCUG